UUCACUGACUUGGUUGUUCUAUCGGUGUUCUAUCUUCGUCAGCGUGGAUGAUUACUUCAGAGCUGUAAAAGUUACGGAUAUGUUAUAUUUUAUACUCUAUUGUAGUUCUCCCAGAAUAUAUCACAAAGCAUUUCACUCCCACAACGCUGUAGUUAUAUGCAAUUUCACGUCGGUGAAAAUAGUGGGACAAUCACAAAAACAAGCCACAGCAGUAAUGCACUGGCGUAGAAAUACCUCAACGUCCCUAAUGUGUAAUUAUGUUUUACUGUGGUGAUAAAAGCGCUCGCCUAACAGCAGAGGUGUCAACUCGGCAUGGUUACUAUAGACUAGAAAAACAGCAGAAGUAGGAGGACAGCAAUGACCAAUGAGUAAGUACUGUUAUAGCCGAAGUCUACCGAAGGCAACGUGUCUUCUGAACAGUCAACGAGGUCUUUUUUGCGAGCCUGCUAGCCACCGCACAGGAACUAUUUGGCGGAUAUAGAACAGUAGAUGCCGUACGUUAACAGUCAUUUCGUGAUUCUCAUUGCCGUUGCUCCUGCGAAUUAUUAAACACGUUAUCCCAGUAUUGUCAUUAUAGACACACAGUGGAAACUGCAAUGAACGUCAGUGUAAACAUGCUGGGCUAGGCGGGGUUUAAAUCGGCAGCAGCAGCAGCGAGGCGGAAGUUGGCUAGUGACUAGCUGCAUUGUACUUGUACUAGGUCACGGACCUCUCUUGUCGCGCCUGUCGCGAGGGGCAGACGCGAAGAAAGGAACGCGCACGAAGCGUGCAAGACGAUCACAGUAGAAGUUAUGUCGUAGUGAACAGACGGAGAGCAUAUUCGUGUGACUGAUUCAUUCACAUGCUCAUUUUCACAAUAGUCAGUUUUUUUUGCAAUAGAAGAUCCGCAGCUCUUAUUGAUCCCCGCUUUAGCAGGCGUCAUACAGUACAUGGAUAACGCCUUUUUGUUUCUGAACUCGCAGGGUCGAAAACGAUGUUCCUCAAGAAUAUGUACCCACAAAAGCCUAAUUGUCGAUGAAGCGAGGUAAAUAUGUGUGAAGUAUUAAUAUCAAAUACAAGGGCAAAUUUAAUGCUAAACGUGCUGUCGUGUUAUUUUUCAUGUCGUCAAGCUUAGGAGCACGAUGGCUCUGCGUUCGCGGUCGCUGUAUUUAUUUGCAGACGUGCAUGACCGCCGCUCGUGCCGAACAAUUUUAACAGGGGUCCAGAAGCAGGUUUAAUCGAUGAGAUGUGUAUAAUAAACCCUAAGAACAAAUUAUGUCCUGUUGUCAAACGCGAAUCCGGCGAAUGAUUAAUUGAAUCCCUCAUAGUGAACCUUUACGUUUCAAAAAGGAAAACAAGCUUCUUCCCCGAUAAUGUUUUAGGUUAGAGCAGUCUGUGAUCACAGCUCCACCAGUUAUCCUGCCCAUACGAGUGCCGAUAGCCAGGCCAUAUGGAUCCGGACGCCGAUCCGUGUCGUGGCAUAUAUCACAAGCUCUAGAUGCAGCGCGUAUUAAAGGAUGCAUUAUCGCGCAGUGAAUAUUUAGGUUCAACAAAGGGUGAGGGAGAUCUGUCUUUGACAGUGUAAUUAUUUAGUUGUGUUUCGUGGUGUAUUAUGGCUUUGAAAUACAAGGUAGUGUUUCCUAUUAUUUAUCACUAAUAUCUAUGCGUUAUUCUUCCGUUUCAUGACGAAACCGAAUACAGUAACGAUGCCGUACUAUGAAAAGUAAUCGGAUCCUAUCGUCGCGGUGAUGAUACUUUUGUGGCACUAUUGUGUUGCAUGGAGUAGGACAUGCACAUAAACAUGUUUUGACAGAUAAGUAAGGCCCCACAUUAGUCUUACCCUCCUGAGUGAAAAAUGAUGGGCUAAGUGUUUUUGUAAUACUAAGAAUAACGGCAUACAUCCACUAAAGAAUAGAGGUUUUUGUCGCCAGGAGGUUUCGCUGAUGCAUGCUCUGCUUCCUGACGUCGGAUUUCAACCGCUGUUCUUUUACUAGACGGGCUUACGGCACCGCUAUGAAGCAAACAAAUUAGAGCAAGCUGUACACAUUUUGAAAACAAUAUUUUAUUAGGUUCAUUGCAGUAUUCGAGGCCCGUCGCACGGCUUGUGCGAAAAUGACCAACCGGAACUAUUUCAUUGCAUCCGGUAACAAAAGAUUUGAAACACCGGUUAAUACUAUCUUCAAAGUAGCCCAACUGAAAAACAGUAAAUCAGUCGAAAGCUGCAGGCCGCAGAUCACUUUUAUACUCUCAGGCAAAGCGGCACACGACUCGAAGCAAGGGUUUAUUUCUGGUGCAAUGCAGUAUGGUUCAGCAAUAUUUAUUCUGCAUGGAAAUCUUUGACUACGUCGUAAUUGUUUGAUCUUGAACAGGCAGACGGAACUGAAAUAAAUGGUAAAAAGUAACAAUCUAUUUAUUGUACCGGCAUCCUCUUAGCUUGUCACGUGUGACAUUUGUUCGAAUUGACUUUCAGUGAAGUCUCCAGAGUAACCAUUCGCUGUCGGUUAAAGCGCUGCAAGGAUUCCGUCGCUGGACUAAUCUGAGAUCUUUCCAACAGACCUAAGAGGUCGCAGGUCUUUUGUUUACCGGUGUUAGGACUUUGAACCAGCGAUAGUUGGCGAGCCUAUUAUCCCAUACACUAUCGCACAUUGAAUCAACUAAAGAGAGCUUGCGCACUUGUCGUUCAUUCACUCUAGUGAAGCAGUGUCAUUUUUAUGUUGCAAGAAAGUGACUUGGAGCCCAGCUAGUCAUAUGUGACUGUUGUACGGGAUGUAGAAACCUUCUAGUUGUAUUUCCAAAUAUAAUUCCCCAGCUGUGACGCAGCUGUACGUACGCGCUACAUACGGAUGUAUUUUGCAUUGCAGAUACUUGGAACAUAUGCAGAGAUAGUGAACUUGCGGCCCUUUUGCGUGUCGCUGAUCUUCGUAAGGCAUUAAUAGAAUAAUAUAUGGCGGAAUAGAAUCGGCUCGAAGCAAAAGCAUCAUAAAAAGAACAUCACAAAACACCGACUUCGAUACAGCAGAAAAAGCUGCACACUCAACUUUUGAACCGUUAAAUCGUCGUUUAUAACUAGACUGAUACACCCACCAGACGGCUCGAAGCUACGCCAAAACAAAUCUGGUUACUUGCACUUUUUCUUAGCAACUCUAUAUAGACCCUAAAAGCUAUAUGGGCCGGCAACCUUUUCAAAACUAGCGACUGAAAAAAAAAGAAACCGAUCGUAUGUAGACUGCAACCGACCCGUUAUGGACUAGGGAGAUUGUAAUAGCUCUAUAUGCCAUAUAAAUCUACGAUCCGUUGUUUCACAGCACUCCAAAUGCAGCUUCCAAGGUGCGCCUAACCAUAUUGGGCGAUCCACGGUCGCUCUCGUAAGACGCUUAAGCGCGAUACCUUCUUUUAUAUUGCUGCUGUUGCUUCUUUUUACUACUAGAAUUGUUGUUUAUUGGUUCAUUUGUUUUAACGCAGUUCAUCAACAUCUGGAACUUCUCACGUGGCCCGUGAAGCCGCCACUGGAGCGCGCUAGCCUUUGUUCGGAGUUUACUAUAACUGCGACCAUUUCUAGCGGUUCAAUCUUGUGUUGGUUCGGAAGGAAAGCUACCGAUGUUUUUCGGUGGUAACAUAUGGUUGGAUUGUUUCCUCGUAUUCGGAAUGUCUGACCAUUUCGUUUUGUCGAUACAAAUUCGGCUCAUUUUUUUUCAGACGUUAUGAACUCGUUUCCUGCGUUGAGAAAUCGACGGGGCGAAGGUUUUUCAGCUAGAGAAUACUAAUAAAAAUAGAAAAUAAUUCCAUAAAAAUAUCUAGACAGAUAAAUGCCUACUGAUCGUAAGUGAAAAACCCCGCAGACUCUCUUUUGCAAGCACCCUGUCACACUUGUGUACGCAUUAUUAUAUUAUUAAAACUGCAGUAUGAAUAACAACGGGAACAGGAGAAAGCGUUAAUAGCAGCGCUGGUGGGGUACGAUGACUAUAAGAGGCAGUGGGAGUGACAAGACAAGGUUAGGGACCAUGGAAACCGCCGGAGGGCUUUUGCACGAUUUCCUAUAGUACUGUUCGCUUAUAGUACUUUUGUUGCCUGACUGCUGCCCAACCGCUAACGCUGGUGGAAUAACGUCGCUGAAGCAGGCUAAACCGUUUCGAUCAUUAUCAUCAUCUUCGCCGUUUGGUCAUGGGAACCUUGGAUGAAGCGUAGGAAUGAUUGUUCGCCUGACGGCGGACUCCACCAACGAUGAUCCCGGCGAAAAGUCGAAUGGUGGUCGAAUAAUUCUAUGGGCCAAAAAAAAGGCCAUCUGCUCGUAGCUGAGGUUGGCAAAGGCUUUGAGGCCUCUCUAUAUCCGUCUGGCUCCUACACAGUAGAAUUGCGCAGCCCCUUACGCGUACACGGCUCGUGUAUAGGUGAGGAAAACACGAUGGAACGAAGACCAGUUGUACGCUGACUCCCGUGCGUAGACCUGGCAUACGAUGAAAGGGGUGUAAGGCAUACAACUGGGGAUCUAUGAGACUCGGAUUCGGUGUGUGGAUCACGAAAAGACCAGAUCAAUCUGGCUGGUAGUUGGAAUAUCCCUCCCCAUACGCCCUACCAUCGCGUAGAUGGUGCGCAGUAUCUUACAUUGAGGGCCGUGUCUCACUCGACGCGCGAGGGACGGAAACGGUGGGCAUGGCCUCAGGUCGUGCUCCGGGGACUCAGCUUUCUAUUGACCUUUUCGUAGAACCACCUUUUUCAACAGUAGUAAGAAGGAUCACAUGCAUGACGAUGUUGAUAGCUGCUGCUGCUGCUGCUGCUGCUGUUGUUAUUGUUGCUACCCAUGGCGCUCUAGCUGUCAUUGUUCCGAUAUAAAUCAAUAAAGAGAUGACGAUCAUUACUCCAAUUAGCACUCUUGCCCAUAUUUGCUUUUCUGUGACCACUGGGUAAUAAUAAUAAUGUUAUUAGCAUUCUAUAGUUGUCCAAAUUUUUAUUAAAACGUAGUUAUGACUUUUUUUUUUGCAUCAGUACGGUUUUAUAUGCUGUGGUGCGCUGAUAAAAACUAGGCUUUAAAGCAUUUUAAAGCAAUGUAUUUAGAAAAACGGUUGAUCCAUUGACAACAAAAUUUAUCUAUAUAUAUAUACACAUCAGGUGUAUUAUGAACACCGGAUAUGACUGAUAGUUUCUGAACUGAAUAACAUCGGAGAAACGGCAGUAGUAAAGCAUUAUGUAUCCAUCUUGCCUGUGAUAAGACAAGUCGGGUUGUUUCGCAUUGGAAUUCGGUUAUCUAUUGUGACUUAACGACGACUGCCUUUGUCAAACAGAUCAUGGCUAAUCUAUCGAACUCGUUCCUCAAAUAAACAAUAGAAAUCCUCAGCCGUCAGUUUCGAAAUCUACUCGAUUCGCAAAGAGAUACUGCUGAAGAAAUCGUUAGAUCAAACGGCGGCGUCUAGCGCCAUCAAAGCGUCUCGUUCCCUGGCGCUAACUUGUAGCUUACAGCGGAAAGCAGUAAUAGUUGCUGGACGAAAAAAAAACAACCAGAAGUUUGCAAAUAGAUCGCAUUGUAUGUUAUCGUAAAGUGCCUCUUUGUUCUACUAUCGCUUCUCGCUUGAGACUUCAGAAAACAAGGGUACACGAAUGAGGCUGAUAUAGUACAGCGAAAAAACCGUUAAAAUGUCGAGGCUUAAGAAAAUAAUGACUGAAUAUAAGUUUCGAGCCAGAUAGUUAAUGUUGUCAGAACGCUGUUGGAAGAAUAACUCUUUGUCAAGUAGACAGGUUACACACGAAGCUGCUAUUUCAGUGGGUUUUCUCAGUGAGUAACUUCUGGCAUGGGUUUUGCCGAUAUAAUCGUAGAUGCCUCAGACGGUUGUUUUGCUGCUUCCGAGUUAUGUAGCGGAGAAGGGUCGAGGGUAUUUACCUAAUAGGUCGUACUCGGGCGGAGGAUUUGCACAUGCGAAUUACCAUGUGCAUCAAACGGCUUUUGUAGACCCUGCGAAGAACACGUACCGAUAUUCUGCCGCAGUUAAUUACGACAGCGCCGCAAGCUGCUCAUUCCACAAGUGGGAAGCUGAGCUAGUGGCUGACAACUGUGACGUGUCCCGAGUCGAGAAGUGUGUCGGAGCCGUUUCUGCAUGUCUGCAUGCUUGUGCCAGAACUCUAAGCUGCGAUCCGGUUUCCCAGUCGCUUGGACUCACUGGGUUGUUAAUACAGAAACGGGCGGAAUCAAAAAGACACUGGACGCUUAUCAACAGCCUGGUUUCUGACGAUGAUCCUGAGCAUUUGAGCUGAUGGCCAGUAUACGAUCAUAACGCAAGCCUCCGGAGCUCGGAGUGCGAAGCAGACGUAAUCAGCACGGGGCAACAGACGUAAUCGUGGGCCAAAGAGAACGUCUACGUGGAGGAGGUGUUGCUUUCAGGACACCCCCAGCAACGCCGUCGAAGCUGCUGCAGCAGCAACUAUUGGUGGCUGCGAAACAAACAUCAGGCGUGUCAAGAGGACUCUGUCAGGAUGUCGGUGACCACGACCUUGAAGAAGAUCUCAGCGUCGACGACGGGGCGUCGCGGCGGAUCGUACCACUCAACUGGUGGCCCGGAAUCCAACUCUGUCGUUGAAAAGCGCACGAUUACGGUUGCAGUCAUUGGCCUUUCUGGCACCGAAAAGGAAAAGGGUUGCAUGGGCUCGGGAAAAUCAUGCCUCUGCAAUCGUUUUGUGCGUCCGGGUGAAGAUGACUAUUACACGGACCAUAUCUCUGUUUUAUCACAGACGGACUUCGGUGGUCGGGUCGUAAACAAUGACCAUUUCCUCUAUUGGGGUCAUGUCACUAAAGGGACAUCACCCGAUAUAUUUUCAGAGAUGAACCAGGAACUAGGCAUGAGCACACUGUCUAGUGGGCCCGGGGGUGUCUUGGGCGGGGGCAGUGCCGGUCUACCGCCGUUACCCCCAGGAGUAGCCGGAGUACAAACCACGUUUCACAUCGUUGAACAAACCGAGUUCAUCGACGACUCGAGCUUCCAGCCGUUCAAAAGCGGAAAAACCGACCCCUACGUUAAGCGUUGCGCCUCCACGAAACUUACCUCUGCCGAGAAACUUAUGUAUAUAUGUAAAAAUCAACUGGGCAUCGAAAAAGAGUAUGAGCAAUGUCUGAUGCCAGACGGCCGCCUGAGCGUCGACGGGUUCGUGUGUGUGUUCGACGUCAGCGACGUUCCAGGACGCAGUGUCGAACGCGUGGUCGAAUAUACGGCCACAUGCCUCAGUCAACUUAUCAAAACGAAGAAGCCUAUUGUGUUAGCUGCUACGAAAUGCGACGAAGCAGAUGACGCCAUGCAGAGAGAGUUGGAUCGCCUGUUAUCCCGUAAAGAAUUCAAAUCGGCUAACAUCCCUCUGGUGGAAACCUCUGCUCACAAUGCGGUCAACGUCGAUACAGCGUUCAUGGUCUUAGCACACUUGGUGGAUAAGGCUCGACCAGGUAAACUUAAAGUGAUGUCGUACCAGGAAGCGUUGAAAUGCCGUCAGGAAAUGUGCGACUUUGCUGCCGAAGCGUACGGGGCACUAAUUCGCGCCCAAGUGAACGACUACCGCACCCUCUGGGUGACCGCCGCGAAGCGUGUACAACACUGUCCCGAAUUCAAGCGCUACGUGGAAAUUUACGGCAAGGACGCAGCAAAGCGGACGUUUGUCCAACACACGAAACGCCUUAAAGAGCAGUACAUAGAUAGUCGCGUCCAAGCCUAUCUCAGGGUUCUGCCAGACAUUCUGCUCGACUUGCUACCCGACCUCGACGCCAUCAAGGAUACCGAAUGGGUCGACGUAAAGGAGCAGCUGCGCAGUCACCCAGACUUUGAUCAAUACUUCAUCGACAGGCCGGAUGAGUCUUGGGAGGAGCUGAUCCUGGGGGAUGACCAAAACGAGGACGGCCUAUGCGAUGAAGACCGCGUCCCGUUCCAGUUACUCGACAGUGAAGACGCUGAGCAAUGCUAUCUUCAGCAUCGGCAAUCGCUAGAAAGCGAAGAUCGGCGCAAUGACCAGAGGAGAGCAUUUAAAAAACUGCUCGAGGAAACGGGCUUUGUGACGCCUGGAAAAGCCCUCUCCGAGGUACGUGUGCUGUUUAUGGGUCGAGAUUGUUACGAAGAUCUACCCGAAAAAGAUAUCCAGGACAUCUACGACGAGCAUCAACAAGAAAUCACUGAGCGUGCCAAGAAACAUUUCAAGGAACUGCUUGUUGAGAGGGCAGAUCUUUUUUACGGCUUUGCUAACCUCGGCAAUGGUUGCGUCAUUGGCCAGGACGACAUACAAAACAUCACUCAGGGUCUACAAGAGGACAUCAGGUAUAAGACGUUGGAGCGGCUGGACCAGGAGCGUAUGCUGAUUUUAUUACGACACUUAGGCUUUAUUGGCCACGGACCUGUUCGAGCUACCUGUCCGGCUGGUCCUGUAACUCACUGUAUGGACCGGUUGAUAGGUCGAGUUCUGCAGCGUGCUCCCAGACCGCGAUCCUGGGCCCGCAGUUCCGCGUGGGCGCUUGCCCACUCUGAAACAGGCGAGCAGAAACUCAACGUCGUAUUAUUUGCCACAAAAUCCCUAUUGCACAGCUUUAGUCACUUUUUCAAGAAUCAGUGCUGCAGUUGUAUCGACGAGGCGUCAGGGCGGUGCAUUCUAGAACUAGAAAAGGACCAGCGCUACGCCCUUGAACUCCGUCUAAUCGACGGGGAUGUUUCACAGCCGGAGAAUUCGUUUCGGACGCCGGACUUUAUUCCACAUGGUUGCAUAUGUCUCUACGAGGACUCCAGUUCAUUGGAAUACAUCCGCGAUUCGCUGGAGAAGACACUUCUGUCGAAUUUAGAACAGGACGCUGAAUUGGUUGAGCAGGAGCCCGGCGAAGAGGCCGGACGGCAGCCUUUCCACGGUCUACCAAUUGUUCUAGUGCUUUUAUGUCGCGAAAAUGGCGACGAAGUCGAACUCGGCCAGUUACGCGACGAAGGAAAUAGCCGCGCCCGUGCGUUACAAUGUCCGUUCAUCGCCGUCAAUUAUGUAGCCGAUGGGUUCGAUCGGGCUUCAGUACUUCUAUCUGUAUCGCAAUUAAUCGAGGGAAUUCAACGACGUUCUGGCCUAAUGCAGUUGGCAGGCGGUCCCGGACGGGGUCUCGGCGAACCGGGAGCCGCGCCUCCAGACGUCAAGGUGCUCCUUUGCAUGUUGUGCGGCGACCCCUACGACGCUGAACGACUACUUUCUCCCUUGUUAUCUCAUCAAUGCUGUUUGGUUAGCAAUCUACCGAACACGGUGACGCUUGAGGCAUACGUUGGCCCUGUAGGCCCCCGCGGUAAAACCACAAUCGUUGUCCAGAUUCAAGCAACCAGCUAUCAUCGGGUUCGACCACAAAUUCCUGAUGGACAUAUAAAUGGCGUGAUAUUGGCGUACGCUCUUGAGCGACCAAACUCGCUUGCCGCACUGACUUCGUUUUCGAAGAACAUCUCACAUGUGCCCAUACAGAUAGUGGCUCUUGCAGGUUUACCGCCGACGACCGCAGAAGACGCGGCCACACGGGAAACGUUGUUAGCUGAAGGAGAGGACGUUGCCCAUGCAUUACAGGCACAUUUUCUAUGUGCUGCAUCCCCAGAUACACCGCUAAGUACGACCGCGUACUCGCCGUUCUUUAAAGACGUCUAUCAAUACAAAGCCGGAACAGAACGAGCCUUUAGUCCUGUGUGUGACGGCUCUUGUCAAGAGGAGCUAUCCGAGUACACCGAGGAGGAGGAAGACGUUGAAGGUCAUGAAGGCCACGCACACGGGGCUCCCCAUGGCGGACAUCAGGGUGGAGAUCCUUCCGAAAUGGCCACUUUACCGUUACGAGGAUACGUCGUACCGCCGCCGCCAAUGCGACACGAGAGCUAUAACCAAACACCCGCUGUCGGUAAUGACGAGAACACCGAAGGGCUGUACGAGCAACUGCCUGGCGAGUCUGGCCUUAGUCCGGGUGACGAGGAUACCCCGGGUAUGUACGCGCCACUAUACGCCAACGGAAGAGAUCCAGAUGAGCUCAAGAGAUUACAUCACCCUCACCUAGUUACGGCCCCUUCGGCCGCCGGAACUCCGGCCACGGUAGGCGUCGCUACCAGCCAUAACACCGACAACGGUGGUCCCGGCCAUAGCAACUCAAUGGAACGCAAGCCCCGAUUAUCGGCCGGCGAAGCGCCUUCGUAUCCGCCUCCACUUCCGCCCGCACGAAACCUUAUGUCAACGUUUGCGGCUUCUCGAGGUACAGCGGGUUCGACCGAGAAUGCUUAUCUGAUCUCGCAACAGCCGCCCCCGUCUUCGACGGGGGGACAGUUCUCUCGAGCAGCCCCUGGGCCCCCGGGCAGCAACAAUGCAAACAGCGUUCGCAGUUUCUUACUAAAAAAGAGCUCGUCGUUAAGAGCAGCCCCACCCCCUGUAGUUGUCCCGUCGAGGCACUCUCUCGACGCAGGCAAAGGCCUGAGCGAGGAAUCACCUGAAGACGAUACCGUCUCAUCAGGCUUAAGCGCCUAUGGAGGGUACCCUCCGCCGGACCCGGCUCCCCCCGACCUCCUGCCACCGGCCGCCGGUUUUCGCAAGGCGGGCGAGACAGCUUCACAGGAGUCGCUCUCACUCGAUGCAGGUUGGGUGGACAAUCGUCUGUAUGAGCAACAGCGUGGUGGAACAAGCACGUUUGGCCACGGUUCGCAGACGCCGGAUGACUCGUGGGAGCGUCAGCAACUCGCGCAGCUUGGAAGUCAAGUUGAGGGAACAAGCGAUCAACUGUUCCAGAGAUUUGGUGGGAUGUUCGGACCUUCCGGUGGUAUUGGCAGCCCGGCUGGGCUAGAACAACAUAAACAGCACAAGACAAGGCAAAAGCAAGUAGGAAGGAUCAAUUUGCGGGAAUUCGACCACAUCCAAAACGCUAUCCAACGGAUCAACGUUAGCGGCUCAGCGGGCGGGGCCAAGUUUCCGCUGGGAGCCCUUCCGAAAGCGCCCCACGGUUCACUGUUGCCCGCUCACGGCGGGUCCGGAUCCGAAGUUGAGGACCACCACUAUGCUCCCCUCAUUCCACAGCAGCCAAAGAAGAGAUUGCCGAGAAGCGCCAAGGACAAGGGCGAGGGACACGCAAGCGAGUCGGAUUCCGUAGGCGAACUCAGCGAUUCCGGCGACAACCUCGAGCUGGACUCCUUGGAUCUCGUGGCUGGCGUAGGCGGCGAUAAGGCGAAGCAGAGAAAGAGCUCGAAGACACGAUCAAAGAAGAAGGCAAUCGCCGUCGCGCCGCCCAAGAUCCCCCAUCUUGAGGGAGGUCUACCAGCAUUCCUCAACCCGACGACUAACCCAUUGGGCCCGCUUAGUCCACAGGAUCCCGAAAAAGCUGCAGCUGCAGCAGCAGCAACGGCCCUCGGGGUGUAUUGUUCAGCUGCGCCGUGUGCGUUGGGUCCUGCGCCAGGGUACGGUCCGUCUCUGGGCGCCCUCGGUUCGCUAGGCCUGGAUCGCCUCGCGCUGCCACCCCACAUGCCAAGCUCACUCCGACACCAUUUCCUCUUUAGCCAGCAUUUUCCCUCUGAUAACUCGCUCAACUCACACACCAAAACUCGCCUCGAUAGCCUGUCCUGUGUCGCAGGAGCAAUGGACGAUACCAUGUCGCCGUUUGAUAAUCUCGAACUUAAGCAAACAUUGGGUGAAAAGCGUCGCAAAGAAAAGGAUAAGGAAAAGAAAGAAAAGCGAAGCAAAUCGAAAAAAGGCACAAAAAAAGGUAUUGAAGAUUUCGCACAGUCGCCGGAUAAAUUUAUUCCGCUGUUUGUCGAAAAGUGUAUUCUGUUCAUCGAGACCGAAGGCCUCGAGUCAGAGGGACUUUACCGCGUGCCCGGAAAUCGUGCACACGUCGAGAUGCUCUUCCAAAAGUUCGAAGAAGAUCCGAACUGCGAUCUGAUAGAGUUAGACAUACCCGUUAACGCUGUGGCAACUGCCCUAAAGGAUUUUUUCUCGAAACACCUUCCGCCGUUGUUAUCAACGCAGGCGAUGAAUAAACUGACAGAUGCGUCCGCUAUUCCUGAUCGGUCGUGUCGCCUCCUGGAAAUGCGGCGUCUCCUACGCCAAUUACCGUUAGCCAAUCUGGAAAUACUUAGAUACGUUUUCCAUCACUUCGUGAGAGUAACCGAGAAUUCCCGCCAAAACAGCAUGGACAGCAAGAACUUAGCAAUAUGCUGGUGGCCGACGUUACUUCCAUUAGAGUUCAACGAUAUGCUCAUGUUCGAACGAGUCCGGCCACACCUCGAGGAUUCCGUACAAACAAUGAUCGAUCAGUACCGCUUUCUCUUUUGCGGCGAAGAAGAGGUCGUCAUGGUGUAAGCUAUCCCGACGAAUUGACGCCUCGUAUGUUUUGUAACGGCAUCCGUACGCAUACUACCAUCGCAAGCCGUAAUCCAGGCGAAGGUAGUAAGUGAUGGAGCCACGAUACACCCUUUGAUCCGAUUAUGUUAGUAGGCGGCACAUUUCGCAAACCUUGUGAUCUCGGCCAAGGAAGUUCCAUUAUGGAAAACAACCAAACGCUGAACCAACCUUAUGAACAAUAACAAAAAGCGAAAUGCAGACUAGACAAAAACAAAUCCACGGGUUGACACGUUGACACAUCAGCUUCACCUGUCGAUACACUCUUUAAGCUUCUGUAGAAUAUAAUCGACCUAUAGAGGAUCCCUCUCUUCUACCGAUUGUAUAGCGUCAACCACCCCCCUAUAGUCGCCCUUCUGCGCUUUGUACGUCGUUACAAUUCUGCUACAAACACUAUAUGAGUUUACACACCAGCCCGUUAUUCCCAAAACUAUUGUCUACUUCGCUGGUUGUUUCCUAAUAGCUCCUAACUGUUCAGAAACUCGCGCGGCCACAAUUGUGCCGGGAAAAAACUGAUAGUCAAAGUGAAUUUGUGUAUUUUGAUUUGUUCCGUUUUGCUCAUGGUGCUAUUCGGUCGAACCUCGAUAAUGGCACAUGUGGGGCUGGUAAUGAUAAUCGUGACGAGGAGGCUAGUGUGAUAUCACUAUCUCUUAAUUUAUUGUAUCUAAUAGUACUAUAUGUAUUGUUAGGCUACAACGACACCUUACACACAGCGCGUUGCCAUCAGGACAAUGGGUGUGAAGCGUCGAAUCACACAGAUUGCUCGAAAUGUUGAAAAAAAAAGAUAAAAAAAAUAUGCAAUGGAGAAUAAACAGGUGUUUAAGUAUUAUUAGAGUGAAGUAAUGAAGUGGUGGAAAAUUACGGGGCAGUUUGGCCGGAAAAACUUUGCACUCGCAAAGAAUUAAGGUCCUAAUACAAAGACAAGCUUGUGAAAAAAAGACGCGAACCAGGCAUAAAAGCCUUGUCACAUAAAGGAAAACCAAAUCGACUCUUUUCACUACGUGAGAUGACGACAAUAUGUGAGUUAGUGGUACAUUCUAUGUUUAGAAGAUCGAAAGAGGAUGUUGGCAGUGGAAAGCAGUGACAAAGACGAACUUUUCUGCCAGCGUAACUAGUCGCUUGCGAGUGAAGCGACAAAAACACACGCGCACACACAGAUGCAUCAUGUAAGAGAUGGCUGGCACAAAAAACAAGAAAAACCAUGCUUGUAUAUAGGCAAAUAUAUGGCAGACUACCAUAUACGAAUAUGACUCAAGGACGAAACGAAGUUUUCAAAUACAAACAGACUGACAGACAUGCACAUGCACACAACAUGCAUAGCUUUGAGAUGCUGCUAAGAAUACGAAAUACUACUGAUAGUAUGUUCUAUCAAAAAGUUUUCGCAAUUGCGUGUUUGCUUCGGUGUUUUACGACCAUCGCUGCCAUUAGGAGAGCACUGCGUACUCCGGAAAGCCAGUCGUGUCUUCUGGUCAAAACGUUCGUGAAGGGCCACAAUAAUAAGAGGUGAAGAAACACACGACGAGAAAAAAACGAUAAACAAAAAAUAGAGCUAGCUAUUCUGCGAUAGAAGACGUCUAAACGAUAAGAGAUCUAGUGGAGAGCCGAAUUAGCAAAUAGAAGUAACAGGGUGUAAAAAUAAUAUACCAAAACAUAGGGAAACUACUAAGAAGAAGACGAACUGCAGAGAGAGUGAAAAUGUUAUUGAUUUGUGGGAUCUGUUUAAUGCUAAUACAUGAACUAAUGGGUGAGUGCAAACGGGAGAGACAGACUGAGCGCAUGAUAGUAAAACCAAUUGAAACAGGGGGAUCUGGUAUAAAUGUCUUGUACCAGGAUCUUCGCAGAGGAUCUCGACUGGCUUUGACUAGCCAAUGCGUAACAGCCCUUUGUUAGUUAAGAGACGUCAAAUAGUAGUUUUUCAGUGUGUUUGUCUGCGGCUGUGCUAUUGGUAGUUCGAGUGGUAUGCUACCAGCGUAUUAAUGCAGUAUGUUGCAAUGAAGUGACAUGAGUAAAGGGAAUAUACGUGAGACUGAAUGCAAAAUGACGGGCGGCAUGGUAUGAAACGUCUAGGGGCACCAGAGACAAAAUGCGGCUUACUAUCGAUUGUCAUUAUAACCGAUGGGAGACGAAAAGCAACGCUCGAGAAAGGAUGAAUUAUUAGUUAAUUACAGAAGCUGAAGGAUCUGCUGACAUGUGCCAUUUUUAGGAAUCAGAUAGACGGUUAAAGACAGCUACGAAAAAAUUGAUGUCGAUAAGUACGAAUUAUGAACGAGAGAAUAAAAGAGACAAAAGGCAGAUUAAGGUAUGAGAGGAGAGGGAAAAAGGGCGCGAAGUAAGACGACUAAGACCCUUUUUCAAAAUAGGUACGCGGAGACAUACACAUAUGUAUCAGCUCAAACAGAUAUGCAUGUAGGAGUAUUCCAUAACUAUGAUAGGCAUAAACGGCAGAGCCGGAAUAUCGUCUCAGCGCGACCGCUUAUGGAGAACUGAUAUUCGUAUGUAAGUUCAAACGAAGGCGGGAGCGAAAGAGUAUUUGAGUCGCAGCAGUCUUGCCGAUGUGUCCCAGCAAUCGUUGAUCGAAAGCGAACGAUAAAUAAUCAUGAUGAGAGCAUCUUCCAAAAGGGUGAAGCUAACUGUGCUAAUUAUAUCUAUAUAUUUAUAAUAACGGAUCCAUUAGACAGCUGAUUAUUGCAGGCUGACAAUAUCUAUUAAACAGGUUAAUUUAACAGCUCUCGUACUUGGUAAUUAUAAUACUAAUACUAUAACUAUGAUAAGAAUCGUAACGACGCCAGGUGUACCCCUGUUAGACUGAGGUUCGUACAAACCCGAAGUGAUUCAUAGUACACUGGAAUUCCAAAAAUAAGGUAAAAUUGCGACAUAUUCAUUUAAUUAACAACAAGAUCCGAAGAAAAAUACGAUUUAGCAGAUUGUGGAACCACUGAUUUAACGAGUUCUGGCUUUAACAUUUAAUACUGAUCAACGAACGAUGGAAUCGUAAAUAAGUGCCGCUUUUAAAUCGUUUAUUAACUGCCUUAAACCCACUUCAAGCCGAGCAGGGGCGUGCCACAGGGGUUGUCGAGUGGCAGGAAGUUCACAGAGUAGGUACAGCGAUGUUUAAAUGGUGUCUAAUUGCCGUCUGAACUUGUAGCAUUACAAUUAAAAUACACUAUUCAGGAAAAUCCUGUCUAGGUGAUUUAUGUGAAGAAAUAACUUUUUGUCCGUGAAACAAAAAUAACGCAGCGGAGUUAUUGUGAAAUAAACAAUACCAAACGAAGAAGCGAAGCAGAAAGCAACAUAUAAAUAUUUAUACGCAAGACGAGUUGCCUGCCAGGCGACUCUAAUGAAAUGUAUAUAGGACUGUAUCAUAUAAGUUUAACUUAGUCAUGGGUUCCACAUGUAUAUUUUCCGGGGUCAGAUCGGAUCGCUCUGUGUCUGACCUUCUUGAAAUUAUUCGUCGUAGCAUUCUCAUCGCUCAUAGAUUAUGUUUGUUUAUGCACGUCGGGGCGUGUAUGCGUUCUCAAUCUUGGCAGGCCGUCUUUGUAAACGAGUAUUUAAUCUUUUUCCAAUAAUUAUUAUAUAUCACCCAUACUAAACGGAAGCAUAAAGCAAUAGUUACAAGGAAGGUAAAAGUAGGUUGAAUUUUUUAUAGGGACCCUAAGAUCUUGCACUCAUUCCUAGCAUUAAUUCUAGCACAAUGCGCUCGACUGUCGUGCGAUGGCGAAUAUCUAUCCGUCAAUAUUUUUCGAAAUUGUUCUGCUUGUAGAAGAAUUCGUAGCCCUUAAAAAGAUCUUCACAAGCUGAUCCUACUGAGUACGCGAUGCGCACGCAUGUACUCCUUCAUGCGAAUCGAAUCGUGGCGAAUCCAAACACUGUUUAAUGCGUCCUAUACAUAUAUUCGGUUACGGCAAAUCUCGACAUGUGGACUGGUUGGUAACAGAGAUUUGCUAUGUUUGAUUUUUCGUUUUUAAUUAUUAUUGUUUUAGGUGCCCCUUUACAGAAUAUCUUACGUGUGCGCGGAUUUAGGUUGUUAGCUUUUACUUGUUUUUUCCGUCUUGCCUUUUGUUGCAGCUGAUCAGUUGCUAUUUUUGUGAUACUUGACGGCAUAUGCCUGUAACUAAUAGUUAAUAGUGUGCAGCGUUGAAUGCUUGCAAGCAAACGUACAGAAGCCGAAACAUGGCAACUGUGCAAGGUGUUUUUUUCGUUGUUUUAGAGUUUGAUCGCAACUCUUUUUAGUAUUAUUUUUAUCAUUAUUGAGAGGUACUACAGUAUAAAUAAAAUUAUUAUUAUACCAUAUAAAUGACUGUGUAUGAAAUAUAUACAAGGUGGCCUGGUGGUAAAGCAAGAUACGGAGACCGGAAAGGAGAGAAAAAAAUGGGUAGCUCUGUAAUUUUAUGAUGAUGAUGAUGCUAUUGUAUUAUUAAUUGAUUA